ACACACAGUCGUCAAAAUGAGCGCCCGCCGAGGACUUCGCACCCGCGUGUACGACGCCAACAUGAGCAUGGUGGAGAACAACUACCGUGCGGCCCUGGAGCGCCUGGAGAAGAGCCGUCGUGCCCCGUCCCUCGACCGGGAGGUGGUCAAGUCGCGCCCGUCACCCUUCGUCAGCCGGUACGACUUCAACGGCGCCGAGGUGGACGAGGAGCUGCAGGCCGCCCGCAGCCGCGCCUCCAAGGUGAUCCACGAGAAGUCGGUCAUCGACCAGCGCGCCGAGCAGUUCCGCAGCUCCAGCCUGGCGCCGGCCCCGGUCUCCUCCGCCCUGCUCGAGAGCGAGUUCGACGAUCAGGUCCAGGCGACGCUCGAGCGUAUCCGGGCCAGCAAGGGUCUGCUCAGCCAGCUGCAAUCGGACGAUGCCCUCGAGUCGUACCGCAGCGAGACCCGCUCGAAGCUGAGCGAACAGUCGGCCCGCAAGCUGGCGGAGAAGCUUUCCGACACGAGCUACGACGAGGAUGAGUUCGCGUCCAGCGGCAUGUCCACGCGCAAGGCGCUCAAGAUGCGGGCCAGCACCGAAUCUUCCUCGCUGUCCAAGAGCUCGCAGGCGCUGAAGUGGAAGGACGAGACGGCCGAGUCGUUCGCGAGCAAGCGGGCCAGCGCCACGCGGGCACGCCUGCAGGACAUCGACCAGGAGAUCGAGGACUUCGAGCUGAAGCAGGCGGCCCGGGCCCGGCGCAGCGCCCAGCUGAAGCAGCUGCUGGCGGAAACGUCCGCCCAGGAGCUGGUUCCGGCCGGCUUCAGCCAGCACACCGACGGCACCAAGAUCAGCACCGGGGUGGUCAAGAUCAAGACGACGCAGAAAAAGAUGGUCAGCUUUUAAGGAAAAGACAGGAGGGGGAAUAAGCGGGAAACGAGGGAGGGUCUCUCCACGAAAAGCACGCGUGUGGUUUGUUUUUCCUUUCUUUUGUUGUGUAAUAAUUUUGUGUAACUCUCGUACAAGUGUAGGCAUUAGCGGAUAAGUUUCUUAGAAUCUACUCACAACGAUGAAUGUCUGUAGUGUAAAAAGAAGUGUUAGUUAGGGGAUUUCGUCCGCCAGCCGGCCGCGGUGGGGUGGGGGAAAGGAUACAGACAGCGUAAGAAAAAUAAAAGAAGCAAUCAGAACGCACAACAGAACGAGGUUUCUUGCAUUCAUCGACCAAAAUAAAAGAAGCAACGUAAUCGAUCACUCGUAAAGACAAAAAUAGAAGACAGGAAGCGGUGGUCGGCCUCAUCAUCAGUUGUGACCAAAAUUAUCCUCUCGUGACUUCGUUCGGGGGAGUUUUAGUAGAGCUUAGGAUACGCAGCGGGCUUGCGGAGCCGCAUUGCCGAAAAUCUCCCUCGUCGUAUCUGUUGCAUGAGCGGAUGAGGUGAACGUUAACCGAUGUGAAAACAUGAUGAAUAAUAAAUGAUGUUUAUUUACUUGUGG